UCAUAAAACUCGAUCGGGUUUCAAAACAGUGCUUUUUCUGAGAUGGAAAGACUCUGAGUUUCACACAUGGCUUCUUCUUCUUCUUCUCCAGAGAUCAAUUCUCCACACGAUGUUUUCCUCAGCUUCAGAGGGGAAGACGUACGCAUCAGAUUCCGUUCCCACUUUCUCAAGGAGCUCAACCGCAAAUUAAUCACUCCCUUCAAGGACGACGAGAUUCCCAAAGGCAGUUCCAUCAGCACUGAGCUGGUCAGCGCCAUUAGAGCAUCCAGGAUCUCUGUUGUCGCGUUUUCUGAUAACUACGCGAGUUCCAGCUGGUGCUUGGAUGAGUUGGUGGAGAUCAUCAAGUGCAGGGAAGAGCUUGGCCAGAUUGUUAUACCAAUUUUCUAUGAUGUGGAUCCUUCUCAUGUCAAGAAAAAAACUCAAGGCUUUGGUCUUGUCUUCGAGAAGACUUGCCGAGGCAGAACGGAGGAAGAGAAGCUUCGAUGGCAGCGAGCGUUGACUCAAGCAGCAACCAUAGCCGGAGAGGAUUCUCGCAACUGGUCUGACGAAGCAAAGAUGAUUGAGAAAAUCGUCAAUGAUGUUUCGAACAAACUGUGUUGUUCAACAGCAUCCAGUGAUUUUGACGACGACUUUGUUGGAAUCGAAGCUCACAUGAAAAACAUGAAUUCGUUGUUGGAAUUGGAGUCAGAGAAGGUGAUAAUGGUAGGGAUUUGGGGUCCAUCUGGUGUUGGUAAGACUACCGUAGGACGAGCUCUCUUUAGUCAACUCUCCUGUCAGUUCCAAGGAAGCAUUUUUAUUGAUAAGACUAAGGAGAUGUAUACUAGGGCCAACUCUGACGACUACAACACCACUUUGGACGUGCAAGCACAGUUUCUGUCUGAAAUUUUGGAUCAGAAGGACAUAAAGGUACACAGUCUAGUUACAAUGAGAUAUAGGUUGGGGCAUAAGAAAGUUCUUGUUGUGUUUGAUGAUAUGGAGGACCAAGUCCUCUUAGAUGCCGUGUUGGGAAAAACUAGAUGGGUUGGUCCUAGAAGUAGAAUUGUAGUGAUUUCAAAGGAUAGGGAGCUUCUUAGGCACUGCGGAAUUGAAUCUGAUCGUAUCUAUGAGGUGGAUUACCCCUCUGAAGAGCUAGCUUCCCAGAUGUUCUGCCGAUGUGCGUUCGGACAAGACUCUCCACCUGAUGAUUUUAUGAAGCUUACUAUUGAUGCUGUAGAGCUCACCGGGAACCUUCCACUGGGUCUCAACGUUUUGGGUUCAUCCCUCGCAGGUUUGAAGAAGGAGGAGUGGGAAGAUAGGAUGCCUAAGCUCAGAGAUCGUAUGGCUGGACAGAUUGAUAAAACAUUAAAAGACAGUUAUGAUAGGCUCAAAGAAGAAGAUAAAGCUAUAUUUCGUCACAUCGCAUGCUUAUUUAAUCAUAAAACAUGUGACUACGUGAAACGAAUGCUUGAAGAUAGUAAGUUGGAUGUUGAUGUUGGACUUGUUACUCUAGCUGAACGGUGCCUCAUUCAGAUAUCAGAGGAUAGGAUCAUUAGGAUGCACGAUUUCCUGCAAAAUAUGGGUAGAGGAUUCGUUCGUCAAUCAUGUAUUCAGGAGCCUGGAGAACGUGAAUUCUUGUUGGAUUCUAAGGAGAUCUAUGAUGUACUUGUUAAUGGAACUGGAACUAAAAGUGUUUUAGGCAUAUUUUUGAACUUACGUGAAAUCAAGGAUGCAUUAUCUAUUAGCGGGGAAGCAUUCAGUGGGAUGAAAAACCUUCGGUUUCUAAGAAUCUACGGGAUCUCAGAGGAGGAUAAAGAAACCAUUUUGCAAUUACGGGUAGGCAAAAACCGCCAACUUAAAUUUCUAAAAUGGUGGGGAUCCUCAACGAGAUGCAUGCAUUCACCAGAAGGCAAAAACCGUAUGUGGCGCCAACUUAGAUUGCUGGAAUGGUGGGGGUGCUCAAUGAGACGCAUGCCUUGUAACUUCCGUGCAGAAAAUCUCGUUGAACUCAGAAUGCCGGAUAGUCAACUACAGAAAUUGUGGGAAGGAGUUGAGGUGCUUAAAAGCCUCAAGACAAUGGAUUUGCGGAGAUCUAAAAGGCUGAAAGUAUUCCCAGAUCUUUCAAAGGCUACCAAUCUCGAGGAACUGUACCUUGAAGAUUGCUGUAGACUGGUGAUGAUUCCUUCCUCUAUUCGUAAUCUCAAGAAACUGAGGAAGCUUGACAUGAAAAGAUGCAGAAAAUUGCGGGUUCUUCCAACCAACAUUGACUUGGAGUCUCUCCAUUCCCUCAAUUUCAGUGGAUGCUCACGGUUAAGAAGUUUUCCUCAGAUCUCAAAGAAUAUUUCGUAUCUCUUUCUAGAUGAAACCAAGAUUGAAGAAGUUCCGGAGCGGAUAGAAGAUAUCUCUGGUCUCAGUUACAUGUCGAUGAAAGGUUGCAGAAAUUUAAAAUAUAUAUCCCCAAACAUUUCGAAACUGGAGGUGAUAUUCUUUUCAGACUCUUAUUGUUUGGAUGAAAGACAACUUUGUGCACAUGGGAUGAAAGCAGACGACAUCCGCAUUCCAUUAUCAACUGGGUCUUCUUCUUGCAAUUGGAGCAAGGACGUCUUCCUAAGCUUCUAUGGGAAGGAUGUUCGCAAAACUUUAAUCAGCCACUUGUACAAGGAAUUCAGUAUCAGAAAAGUCACUACAUUUCAUGCUGAUAUGCUUGUGGCAGUUGAUGACUUGGCCUUUGAGCUUGUAGUUGUACAUGAGAUAAGAAAAUCAAGAAUAGCUGUAGUCGUGCUUUCAAAUAAUUAUGCGUCUUCGAGCUGGUGCCUGGAUGAGUUGGUGGAGAUCAUAAAGUGCGGCGAAGAGAUUGGUCAAAAAGUGGUACCCGUUUAUUAUGGUGUGGAACCUGCUCAUAUCAGAACGCAGAUCCUAGACCUUGGAGAGGCAUUCAAGAAGGGUUAUACAGUAGACAAUUACAAGCAACAGAAAUGGAUGGAAGCUUUGACUGUAUUAAGCCAACUUCAGGGAUAUUAUUUCCGAGACCGGGAUUCUGAAGCAGAGAUAAUUCAGAAAAUGGCUGAUGAUAUUUCUUUUGCACUAAAUAUUACAUUAAAAGAGUCUUCCAAUGUGUUAAGAGCGCAAAUGUCGCAAUGGAUACCUUAUUCUUAUACACCAAACCAGGAAACAGAGAAAGCAUUAAUAGUGCAGUAUGAGUUAAAAUGGAACGAGAAAGCUCUGUUUUGUCAUAUUGCUUGCUUUCUCAACAAUGAGACAUAUGAGAAUGUGAUGCGAUAUCUGGAAGACAGUGAGUUAGAUGUUGGAGAUGGUCUUACGAUUUUAUUUGAUAAAUCUCUGAUACAAAUAUCAGAAGAGAGAGUCAUAAGUAUGCACCAUGAGCUGCAAAGAUUAGGCAGAGAUGUAGUUCUUGAACCAUUCAUUCGCCAGCCUGCAAAACGUCAGUUCUUGAUGGAUACUAGCGAGGGUUGCGACGUUCUUAUUGAUCAAACUGGUAAUGAGAGGAUGUUUGGCAUUUCUUUCAAAGUAUCAGAGACAUCGAGAAGAGAUGAAUUCAGAGGAAUGAAAAAGUUGCAGUUUUUGAGUAUGUUCAAGGAGAGUUUGUAUGGUAAAGAAGUCAGAUUUCAUUUAGUGAAAGGCCUCCUCUCUGUGGGAACGCCUUGAUAAUAUUUGUUGUACAUUUUGUCAAAGGCAACACACGUAUUCGACUAGAGCCUACAUUGUAUAUCUUGGGAAGCAGCCGGUGUCGUGGUCCUCUGAAGCAAGAGAGUGAGCAAAAGGGCAGAAUGGAGGAAGAGAAACUCACAGCAACCAUAGCCGGAGAGGAUUCUCAGAAUUGGUACUAGCCUAAUUUUGAUUCUCCUAUUUUCUUCACAAGAUCCUCUCAGAAGAAAUAAAGAUUCGGUUAAACUUGUAAAGAGAGAGAGAGAGGAUGUCAGUUUGUAUAAAUAGAUGAUCCAUUGUAACAGAAUCUUUAUGCAUCUGUGGAUGUAUCUGGGAGAGAUAUGGACUCCCAGUAAACCAUAGGUUCUGGAUAUUGUAAUCAGAGUUCUUGAUCAAUAUAAGCUUGUGUUCUUAGCA